UGUAUAUAUAUAUAUAGAUAUACCCCAAGCUAUACUUAUGUGUGUAUAUGUAUAUUAUUAGCUGAGAAGAAACAAAAACAUUGAAGAAGGAUUAUUAAUAUAUAAAGAAGAAUUUCAGGUCUUAUAUAUAAUAGUAACUAUAUAUAAUUGAUUAAAGAGCUUAUUAUAUUUGUUAUAUAUAUUAUAUAUGCAUGGUGAAUAUGUUUGGAUUGGGGUCAAAGAAGAGAAGAGUAUUUAAUGCCAUGUCUAUUGUUGAGUUGUUGGUUCAUAUGGACUGUGAAGGUUGUGAAAAGAGAAUACGAAGAGCAAUUUCAAAGAUUGAAGGAGUUGAUAGUUUGGAAAUAGACAUGGAUAAGCAAAAGGUGACAGUAAGUGGAUAUGUUGACCAAAGAAAGGUGUUAAAAAGGGUUAGAAGAACAGGAAGAAGAGCUGAGUUUUGGCCAUUCCCAUACGACAGUGAGUAUUAUCCUUUUGCCUCUCAGUACUUGGAUGACUCCACAUACGCAACGUCGUACAAUUACUACCGACAUGGCUACAACGAGAGCUAUGUUCGUGGUUAUUUUCCCGACCAAGUCUACGAGACUGUCGAUGAUCACACUGUUCAUCUCUUUAGCGAUGAUAAUGUCCAUGCUUAUUGCAAUAUUAUGUGAUUAUAUGAUAGUUAUUUUGUAAUUGGAAUUCAAUCGAGUUACAUUUGUAGCUAUUUCUUGAGCAACAUUAUACUUUUCAUCUUUUUAGUGAUGACAAUAUUCAUGCUUAUUGCACUAAUUUUGUAAU